AUGGGUAAGAUGUAUAGAAUUCUUCAAACCUAUGGUUCAAAAGUAGAAUGGAGAAAUUUGCAGUAUAACAAUAAUGCUAGACCUCGAUUAAAAUUUAUUUUCUGGAUGGCAUGUCACGAGAGGCUGGCGACGAAGGAUAGACUUUGCAAGUUUGGUUUUGUGAAAGAUACAAAAUGUGGUUUCUGUGCAAAAGAUGAAUCAGUUAAUCACCUGUUUUUUGAGUGCGAAAGUUUGAAAAAGGUUUGGAAGGAAGUACUUGCUUGGAUCCAGAAUACGAAAGGAAAGGGUUCUCGUGCUGCUAUCAUUAAAAUGGCAGCCACCGAAACCAUAUACGUGUUAUGGAAAUACAGAAAUGCAAGAAUACUCGGGGACGAUAUAGAUAUCGAUAAAGUAAGGAAAGAUAUCAUAGAUACUCUGGUGUAUAAAGGGUGGGAAAAUAAAAAACUCAGAAAUCACAUAGCUAUCCUUAUGCUUGAGGAUUGA